ACUGAAUAACCACAAGAAACAAAAAUUAAUCCAAUCUUCCCUCCAACGAACGGCUCUCCCAACACACAAUCCCCCCCUCCACUCCCCCAACUAUCCACCCAACCCAGCUAUCCACAACUCUCUAAAUCCCGGCGGUUUACUCCGUCACAACCAAUGACCCAAACCCGAACCCGAAACCAAUCCACCGAAUCCGACACCUCGUCCCAGCAGAAACCGUCAGGAGCUAACGGAAUGAGACUGAUAGUGCCACUCCAAGGUGUAGUUCAAGGCAGAGGAGGCCUAAUUUUAGGCUCUCUAAUACCUUGCGCUCUGUUCUAUUUUUUUCAGCUUUACUUGAAACGACACCGUUCUCCGAAUUCUCCUCCAUCGAAUCCUCCGUCUCCUUCUUCUUCGUCUCCACAUCUCGCGGAGAUCCCGAGGACGUCCUCCCGGUCUAAUUUAUCGACUCGCGGCUCGUUUGGACCGGUUCGGUUAUCGAACCGAGGGAUGUCUGUUGCAAAACCUAAUGAUUCGCCGUAUUAUAUUGGGUUGGAUAAAGUUUUAGAUAAUCCGUAUGAUAGAAUGUGUACUCCUGAUGGGAUUAUACAGCUUGGAUUGUCUGAGAACAGAUUAUGUUUAGAUUUGAUUCAGAAAUGGAUGGCCGAGAAUGUGUCGCGUUCCUUAAUUGGAAAUGAUGAAGAUAAUCUCAAUAUCAAUGGCAUUGCGACGUACCAGCCGUUUGAUGGAUUGAUGGAGUUGAAAGUGGCUAUUGCGCAGUUCAUGUCUCGAGUCAUGGGAAAAGUGAUCGCAUUUGAUCCAUUACAGUUAGUAUUAACUGCUGGUGCUACUCCUGCUGUUGAGAUCUUAUGUUUUUGCUUGGCAGACCAUGGAAAUGCACUGCUCGUGCCAACACCAUAUUAUCCUGGAUUUGAUAGAGAUAUAAAAUCGCGAACCGGAGUGGAGCUAAUACCUGUUCAUUGUCGAAGUACAGAUAAUUUCAUAUUAAGUGUUACUGCUCUUGAACAAGCAUAUAAUCAGGCAAGAAAACGAGGAUUAAAGGUUCGUGGAAUACUGAUUACAAACCCUUCAAAUCCUGUUGGCAAUCUAUUGCCACGGGAAACACUCUAUGAGAUACUAGACUUUGCCCAAGAGAAAAAUAUCCACAUUAUUUCUGAUGAAAUAUUUGCUGGGUCUGUGUAUGGAUCUGAUGAAUUUGUGAGCAUGGCACAAAUUGCCGAGGAAGAAGAAUUUGACAAGAGCCGUGUUCAUAUUAUAUACGGGCUCUCCAAGGAUCUCUCACUUCCAGGAUUUAGGGUGGGAGCUAUCUAUUCCUACAACGAAAGUGUUUUGACUGCUGCUAAAAGGUUAACUAGAUUUUCUUCUAUUUCUGCUCCUAGUCAGAUGCUGCUUGUUUCAAUGCUUUCUGAUACAAGAUUCAUGGAGGAAUAUAUUGAAACUAAUAGAAGAAGGAUUCAGAAAAUGAAUCACUUAUUUGUUGAAGGUCUUAAGCAAUUAGGAAUCAAGUGUGUGAAAAGUACUGCAGGUCUUUAUUGUUGGGUGAAUAUGAGUGGACUGAUCCCCUCUUACAGUGAAAAGGGAGAACUUGACUUAUGGGAUAAGCUGUUGAAUAUUGCUAAAAUCAAUGCAACGCCAGGAUCAGCCUGCCAUUGCAUAGAACCAGGAUGGUUUCGGUGUUGUUUCACUACUUUAACUGAAGAAGAUAUCCCUAUAGUCAUAGAACGGAUACGGAAAGUUACAGAAACUUGUAAAUCUCCUGGAUGAAACACUACGAAACUCAAUUUGGUCAAUUUGUUCAGCCUUGGUUGUCUUAGUGUUGUCAGAUAAAUUAUUUUGCUACAAUCCACGGUUCAGAUACCGAGUUAGUGAAAACUUCAAAUUCAGAUUUCUUGGCAUUCUAUUAGUGUUAUGUGAACACAAUUUGGAAAUUUGGCAACGCUUACAAUCUCGACUAAGUGAAAGUUAAAAGAAAUUGGUAGAAGCUUCACACAGAAAGGUAAAUACAGGGUGAUCCUGAACCAUAAUACUGACCCUAUACAAGUUUCAGCCUUGCAAUGUGCCUUUUCCUUUGAAAUCCUUCAAUCAUUGUGAUACCAGUUCCAAAGAUGCAGCAGCCAAAAGGUUUUGUAUUCAUAAAUUCCUGCCAUAUUAGCAAUCGAGCAAGAGUAAUUUUGUUCGUGUCAUGCAGAAAAAAUAGCAGAUUACUAAUAAAAUUAUUUGUUUAUUCAAUAUCUAUCUGUAUGUGCUUUUUAAUGGUUUUCCUAUUUUAUUAUUGGUACCUGUUUAUGAGCAGCCUAGUGUCAGAAAUCAGUCUUAGAUGAAAGUAAGUAUAAAAGAAACAGGAACUGGAAAUUUACCCUUGAUGGAUACUUUUUUGCCAGUUGAGUGGCUUUUCUCUGGCAACUCCUCCUCCGGCUCAUCAUUAUCAACUCUCCAAGCGUUGGUGCUUUUUUUGCCUUGAUAAUGCUAACACCUUCAUAAUCAGAAUUGCUGUGUUGUAGCUUUGGUGGAGUGCGGGAUCCAUUUUCGGAGUCUUCAAGAGUCUCGUGUAAACCAGACUUGGGUGGAUGUAAUGGAAAGAGACAUUCCAAGAAAGAAGACCCUGUAAGGCUUGAAACUCCAGUGGCAUAGCUACUGGUGCUGCUGUCAGAUUCUGAACCAGGCGAGGCAGGUGUUUCUAACAGGUCACCGAUAUCAUCUGUCAAAAGAGAUUCUUCAACUGGAACGGCAGCAGAAACAGCAAAUGUUGAUACCAGGCAAUUCGCCAAGAGAGAAGAAGGUGCUGUACUGUCCGAAUCGUCAGUUUCGAAACCGAACGAUUCCAUUUCGAGGUCAAAGCUGUCACUGUGGAAUUGAGAAUACAUGGGAGGUGGUGGUAGUAAAGCUAAAACCGGUGAUUCAAUGACCGGCUUUGACUCUGAGAAACAAGAUAAUGGCUUUCCAGGCUUUUCCUCCCAGUUGAAUGGAACUGAGGCAAUAAGCUUGACAGGAGGGGGCGGAGGUGGUAGAGCUAAGAGCUCUUCAGUAACUGAAGAAACCACAACCAUAGGACUCCAGUCUUUUUUAGCAAUCCCUGGCAUUUCCUCCCAUAGAAACGGAACCGACGGUGGUUGCCGGAUGAGCUUGCUUUUCGAGUACUCAAUCACUUCAUUCCCAGCCAUUUUUAAAACCAAGCCAGAGUCGGUCAAUAUCCCCUCAAUGAAUUACAUAUAUAUAGUGAGAUAAGCAUUAUUGCACUUAGCCAUUUUCCCCAUAAAAGAAGAUUAGACCCACCUGCUCUGUCUACUGAAUUUCAGUGAAGUAGUUAGUUGCUAACUAUUUGUUGGAUUCGGUAACUACAAGGCCCACACGAAUUAAUGAGGAAAACGUAGUCGGACUCAAUCGCUAUCCAGGCCCAUCAAUCUCAGGCCAAAAAUUUCUUUACCUUUUAGUUUAAACUUUCUGAAUACGUUUCUAUUUUUCCCCAAUUCCACAAAACCUAAUCAAGAAAUCAUUCGAUCAAUACCUGCAAAAGAACGCAAGAAAUGGAGUCACGUAAGCGCGUGGAUCCACCUUCUUGCAUCCAUGGUAGCGACGAAGGAACAGAGAUUGUAUUAAUGGAUAAAUCUUUGAAGAAAACAGAAUCAUCAACGCCUCUGCUCUCUUCCUUCUCCGGCGGUGAGACUUAUACUGUUAAUAACAUUUCUCAUGCUAUGUUCGGUGCUAAUCCUAAAUUCGGUGCGUCUUCGAGCAUUACUAGGAAGUUUUCUUUUUCUACUAAUAACAACAAUUUCAAUAACGCUGCUUCUUGUUCUGGUUCAAUUUUUAAAUUCAAGACUUUGCCGGAGACUAGUGUUUGUAAUUUCACUUUCGGUACUGGAACUGUUACGAAUAAGAGGUGCAAUUGCUGCAAGAAACGGAUUGGAUUAACGGGAUUUGCGUGCAAAUGUGGCCAUUUGUUUUGUGGAAAUCAUCGGUAUCCGGAGGAACACAAGUGCACCUUCGAUUAUAAGGCGUUUGGACGUGAGGUUUUACGGAAGCAAAAUCCAGGUUUGCAGGGUGAUAAAUUGCAUAAUAAAAUUUAAUUAGGGUUUCUCGAGUCAUUUCUAGGUUGAUUUAGGUUGUAAUUGCAUUUUGUAGGAGCACUCACACACGCACAAUUUAUAUACAUCAACAUUUAGACUGUACAUGUCAAUAGUGUUGUAUUUCAUGUAAAAUUGGUUCUUGAAAAUUAGUUUCAUGUAGAAUUUACACAGUAUGGCAUCAAUAGGUAGAUAAAGUGAAUUUAGAUCAAUGGAAUUUAGGUUUAGAUUUUCCAGUUGUGGUCGUGUAUUUCGUUCUAGUCAAUCAGUUAUACUUUAUUCUUGGUGUUUGGCGCAGCUUCUUUUUCCGCUCUUUAAUUUGGGAUCAAAUUUAACAUUUAUCAUUCUUCAGAGCACAAUACAGAAUUAAUCAUUGAUCUUUUCAAGCACCGGGUUAUUUGAUACAAAACUUUUUUUUUAUUUUGGCUCUCUUACCCUCUCUUAAAUUUUGGGAUCUAGAAUUGAAUAGUGUUACGUCCUGUUUUGAAACUCAGAAGGUGGAUUACUUCGUUUUCUUCAUCCAAUGGUGGUUACUAUAUAAAAAACAAAGAUGAUUUCAUUAGAAAUGAUUUCUUUAGCAACUUUUAGAUUACUUCGUUUUCUUCACGGUUUUUACUAUAAAAAACAAAGACUAGUUCACUAGAAAUGAUUUAUUAGCAACUUUUGGUAACUAAAUCAAAGAAUUGCCCAAACAUCAAGAACAAAGUAUUUCUAGUCGAAUAUUCCAGUCUUAGUAAUUGUCUAUUAGCUAGUCUUACAAACUUUACGAAGGUUGUGAUAUCAUAAUAUGGCCGAAGCAAGGGAUUUUCAUGUAGGAUUGUAUCUGUUGUCCGCUGUUGUAAAUACAGUAAUUUCAAUCAAUAUAAUGGUUUCUUAAUCAA